CAUUUUGUCCUAUAGAUUCCAGCAUAGCAGAAGAAGGAAACAGCAAAUUUCCAUGCUUUUCUGGCCAUAAACACCCCAUCUUCCUGCAAAGUCCCAUCUCCUUCCAGGGAACCAUGAAGUGCUUUACUAGAAGUAACUCUUACGCAUUUUAGCAUUAAAUUCCUGUUUGUUCCAUUCUUGUGAGGCUGGGGGAAAGAAAAACGUGGAGUUUUUAAGGGCACUUGGUUCCUUUACCUCAGGCUGUGUAGCAACAGGGAUAUUCCCUUAUUGAAGCAAUUGCUCUGAGCAGCAUUGAAAGGCACAUGAUGACACAAACGCAUCCUCAAUGACUGCAGCUUUGGCACAGGGGAAGCUCCAGCCAAGUUCAGUUCACACUUUUCUAGCAUCCUGACCACACUUCUGUGUGAGGGAUUUCCUAACAACACAACCUGAAGGGCUUGGUGGAGGCACCAGCACCUUGAGCUGUUUCAUACUGUCUUGUGUUGUGUCCUUGGGAGUAACAGCCACUUGGUUCCCACCCUGUCCCACAGCAGGGCUGGAGCCACCCGUGCCCCUGGUGCAGAAGGAAGGCAGGCUCACGAAACCAACUUUGUUUCUCCUAGCUUCCAGCCAAGCAUUUCUGACAACCACAGCUUGGCAAGGGCUGUAAUUUCUCUGAUUUAUAUAUAGAGGAGCUAAGGCUGGGCUGGAGACAAGGACGAUAUAAAAGGGUCUGCUCAGCCCCACUCCUGCAGCCAGGCUGGUGGAGCCGGAGAGCUGCGGGGUGCCCCUCUCUGUGGCCAUGGACACAUCCUACCCACGGGAGGACUACCUGCCCGUGACAUCCCACAAGCGGGACUCAUCUCCCACCACUGUCACCUCUGCACCACCCCGUGACCACCUCAUCUGGUCCAUCUUCAACACCAUCUACAUGAACUUCUGCUGCCUCGGCUUCGUGGCUCUUGCCUUCUCUGUCAAGGCACGGGACCGGAAGGUGGCAGGAGAUGUGGAAGCUGCUCGGCGCUUCAGCUCCAAAGCCCGCUGCUACAACGUGCUGGCCACAGCUGGCAGCGUGCUGCUGCCGAUCCUGCUCACUGCUCUGGUGGUCACCGGUGUCCUCCACCUCUCCAAGCUCGCCCAGGACUCCGUGGGCUUCUUCAGCAACCAGUUCAGCACCAGCGAUGAUGAGGAUAAGUGAGCGGUGGGCAAGAGGAUGGCAAAAGCCUCUCUGCAGCGCUGCUGAUCCAGCCCUGCCGUGCACAACCCCAUGCUUCUUGGGGCAGCUAUGUUAUUUGGUGUGGUUAUUUGGUGUUGGUGGUAGUGUUGUUUUUUUUUUUAAUCUCUCCCUUGGUGCUUAAUAUUUAAAUCAUUAAAUCAUUUCACCCAUCUCAAA